AUCAACAUUCAUAGUGUCAUACGGUCGAUACUUUACUAUAAUCACACUGAUUUCCCCAAACAUUCUUUACACUUCAGGUCAAUUAUAUUGCUAUUAUUUUUGUAAUACAUUUUAUGUUGCUUUCUUUUUAAAAACAGUUUAUGACGACAUCAUUCUAUAAAAACAUGUAAUAGCUUCCAUAUAAAUAACGAACAGCUCCAUUUAUUGUGAUUUCUAACAUUUCAAUCGAAAACUUCCGGCAAAGGAAGGCGCGAAGUGGUGCCUGAGCUCCAUAUCCGCUUGCAUGUUAUUGUUUACGAUCGCACUUGACGAAAACUGGGUCAGGCAAAAAAAUAGAAAGCAUACAGUCACACAUUCCUUCGUCGUCUCUGGAUAUGCGCCUGUGAUGAAGAUUCUCUGUUUCGGUGACAACAGGCAGCUGGACAGAUGUUGUUUGACACCUUCGCAUCUCGAUUCAACGCGACCGCCAAGUGAGAGUCAAGAUCCUCGUUGCUGCCAUGUCCAGGCGAGGCAGGAACAGCCGCGCUUGGCGUUACGUUUGGGGCGGAAUACGCCGAGAUGCUGAUGCAAGAGCGCUUGUCUUGGCGUCGGAAAGUGACGGAUGGGGCUAUGAGCGCCUGGAGUACAGCGAUUCGGAUUCUGAGGCCGAUUACUCGGCGGCGAUGGUCCCUCCGGUGGCCAGCGCUGUGCCCGUGACCGGAGAGUCUUACUGCGGCUGCGACUACCAGGCGGAGACCAUCCAUCACCGGCAAGGUUUUUACCAAGUCAAAGACUGUCUCUGUGGAGAAGAUGAUCAAGAUUUUGACUGGGUUUGGGACGCCGGCAGCCGAUCAACAGCCACGUUACUGAGCUGCGACAAUCGCGAAGUCAACUUUCACUCCGAGUACAGCUGCGGCACGGCUGCCAUCCGCGGUUGCAAGGAGCUGGCGGAAGGGCAACACUUUUGGGAAAUUAAGAUGACGUCUCCCGUUUACGGAACAGACAUGAUGGUUGGAAUCGGUACUUCUGACGUCAACCUUGACCGAUACAGACAUUCGUUCUGCAGCCUGUUGGGAAAAGAUGUAGACAGCUGGGGUCUGUCUUACACCGGCUUGUUGCAUCAUAAAGGAGACAAGAUGAACUUUUCGUCUCGCUUCGGCCAGGGCUCCAUCAUUGGGGUUCAUCUGGACACGUGGCAUGGCACACUUACGUUCUUCAAGAAUCGCAAGUGCAUCGGCGUCGCUGCCACAGAUCUCCAGAACAAAAGGUUUUACCCCAUGGCGUGCUCCACGGCUGCCAAAAGCAGUAUGAAGGUGAUCCGAUCCUGCUCCGCGCCCACCUCCCUUUUGUACCUGUGCUGCGUUCGCCUUCGCCAGCUCCGGCCAGACUGUACGGACACCCUGGAUGUUCUGCCCCUGCCGCCGGGGCUUCGCCACCUCUUGCACAACAAACUGGGUUGGCUGCUCAAUCUCCACGGCGGCGCCGCGGACGAAAGCGCAGACAUCCCCGAACCUUCCCCGCGCUUGGCCCUCCCUCCCUCGGCCGGCCCGUCGUCCUGGGAGAGCGACUCGGAGGGCUGCGCGUCCGACCUCGAGGCCUGCCAGCGAAAGAGGUGCCGCUGGACUUGACAUUCCGCGCUUAACGCAGACAGAUGCCGGCCUCAAAACUUUCCCUUCGAGUGUGUUACAGUAUUGAAGAAAAUGAUCGGAGACGAGCGUCUCCUCUUGGCACGAGAACGCCUUGAUUCCCCAUCCUUCACACGCUAUCCAAUGCAGGACUACAAAACAAGACGACGUCAACUGUAGAUCUCUCUUGCCGUUCCUGAACAGUGGAUUUGUUUUUAAUACGAGGACGUACUGCCAAGCGCAACACUGAAGUCUCAAACAUGGCUAUGAUUUGGGUGUUUUUCUGCAAACGUGGGUUGCUUGAAUUGAGCCAUGUAUUGUAGCGCUUAUUCUUUCUUGCCAUGUAUGCAAAUAGCGCAUAAUCUUAAAUUAAAUGCAAUCGCUUAAUGAAAAAUAAUCACCAACAUUGCCCUCUGUAAUUUGGUUAGAUUAUUUGUCAGAAAAAAAAAUGAGUGGACGACUUUGGAUGGCACUUCAUGAAAAUGUUCCAAAAGAAGGACCAACGGCGCUGGUUCUAAGUGUUACGUUCAGCCUUUAUUUACUGUGACAUCACUCUUUCAAUAUUUUUUGUUAUGUACACAGUCGUCACCUUUUUAAGAUUUAGAAGAAAGUCGUUUUUAAUAAAACACCUAAUAGCUAUAACAUUUAAACCCGGAAAGUCUGUGCGGGACCUGGGAGGCCGGUUCCACACACAAAGCACGUGCGAGGCCAGACGAGUUUUCUUGGAGGUGUGCUCAUUACAGAACGCUCAAAGGUGUUUCUCCUCAAUUGGAAAACACUGCGUUAGUCAACAAAUUUGGCUUGUUCAGAGAAUCAAUUCUACUCCGAUUCACUCCACAUCUUUGUCCUCACGAGCACCUAUUUUCAUGCCUCACAACCAUCGUGAUGACUUACGUUACAAUAGAAGUAUUCUGUCCUUUCUGG